AUGUCCAAAAGGCUCCACUCCCAGUUAGAGCAUGAAAUCCCAGAAGAUGCCCACUGUGAGAUACAUCUGGAGCCACCACAGCUGUUCUGCCAUGAUGACCAAAACACGGUUUGUGACAAGUACUUCACAUCCCAGGAGCACAAGAAUCACGUGGUAUAUGGAGUACAAGAGGCUGCUGAGAAUUAUAGGAAGUUAUUCCAGGAGAUAUUGAACACAUUGAAGGAGAAACUUGAAGUAGCUAAAAGCAUAUUGGCUGAUGAGCAAGAAAGAAUGGUGAUGAUGCAGGAAGAAGAGCAGAAUUUUAAAGCGAUGAUUGAGUCUGAAUAUAGGCUAAGGUUCUGGUUGAUGAUUGAAGAAAACAAAGUGAACUUCCAGAGCCCGCAAUGGUGCGGAUUCAACCUGAACUUGAGAGAAGCUGGUCAGAACCAACUGAUGGAACUUGCCACAAAGCUAAAGGAGAAAUUCCAGGAAAUACUACAGAGACUGAACUGUUUGGGGAGAGAGAACAUGCGUAAACUGAGGGAGAGUGAAGGCAGGCUCUCUGAACAGAUCUGCAGCCUCCAGAAGAUCACCACGGAGCUGGAGAAGAAGUGUGGGCAAUCUGCCUCAGCGUUGCUCCAGAAUGCAAGAUAUUCUUUGGAAAGGAGUGAGUCACUACUGCUUCAGUGUCUAGAGCCCGCCCGAAUCACAGACCUGAGUUUAUGCCAAAUAACAGGAAUGAGCAAAAUGCUAGAAGUGCUGCAAAGACCUAUAACUUUGGACCCUAAAACAGCUCAUCCCUGUCUGGUCUUAUCUGAGGAUCUGAGAAGUGUGAGACUCAGAAAUGUGCAGCAGGAUGUACCCAGUCACCCAGAGAGAUUUGACUUCAGCGCCACCGUGUUGGGCGUGGAGAGCUUCACCUCAGGGCGGCACUACUGGGAGGUGGAUGUGGAAAAGGCAACACAGUGGCAGCUGGGCAUACACAGAAGCUCUGCCAGCAGAAGUGCUUCCGGAGAUAGGGUCUUAUUCACAGGAUCCAUGAUGGGAACUGAUUAUACUUUCUGGGCCUUUCCCCCUUUAAAAAGGGUUUCCUUGAGAGAGCAAAUGCACAGAGUUGGAGUUUUCCUGGACUAUGAGUAUGGCCAGAUAUCCUUCUAUGAUGUGACAAAGAGGUCCCUCAUCUAUAAUUUCUCUUAUCUCACCUUCCAGGGAGCUCUCAGGCCUGUAUUUUCUCUUUGUAUUUCAAAUGGAGGCAUGAAUUCAGACUCUCUGAGCAUCUGCCUCCCUCAUGUUUCUUCUUGUAAUGGUACUUUUAGCCCUCAGUCUUUGUCGCUGGGUGAUUUUGUAUUUGCCGUGGUGGGGCCAGAGAUGGGGGAGAGGAUGCAUAAGCAGUUAUUCAGAGAGGCAGAACUGUUACUGAUCCUCCCGAGUCGGUCCCUAGCAAGAGUUCUUCUGUCCGAUGUCACUCAAGCCAGUAAAAUGAGACUGAGUUCGGCUCAGAAGCAAAGGAAAGCUUUAUUCUCUCAUCAAAGAAUGGAGAGCCAAGUAUGCCCUGAUAUGGAGGCUCGCUGCCGGGGCCUGAACGUCUCUGGUCACACUUUGUUGUUUUUCGGAAGAGAAGCUUCAGAGUGUGCUCAGGAUCAGAGUCAGUUGUCCUCACACCAGCCUCCCAAAGCCUCUGCCGUCCUCGCGCUGGAGCCCGGGUGA